UGUGAAACAACACUAGUUUAACAUCAUUUGGUGAUGAGAAGUUGGCUGAAACUGGUAGGAGUCUCUACAGUAGGUCCAAAAAGAUAGACAUCCUCUACCCUAACUCCCCCUCAAUAGACUGCAUCCUACCAAUAUCGCAUCCUAUAUCCACUGCCUGCUAAAUGGCAAGAUGGAGAGAUGAAGGGGAAAAAGAGGAAGGGAGGGGGAGUGUGUUUCUGUGUGUGUGUGUGAUGCGAGCAGAAGCACGAGAACUGAUUGUUGCAGAUGAAUAGAUCGCUCUCCCUCUCUCCAGCGCUCCUCUCUCACACUCAUUUUCCCAUAGAUACAAACACAGUGGCUCUGUUAGAAGAGAGAGAGAUGCUGGCAGGUGACGUCCCCUCCAGACGAUGCAGGAAAACACAUAACAUGCCUGUUGGAUCGUUGCUGUUGGCUUUCAGAAGCAUCAGAGUCUGAGCUGCUGCUGAGCAUCUUAUGUAUGUAAACAGAGGCAGAUAAACACUGGACAGCAUGUCGAAUGACGAAAAGUGGGUCACUUUGAGUCCAAAUGAAUUCUCUCUUCUUCAAGACUAUGCACAAUACACAACUAAGAAACUAAAAGAUGUUCUCCAGGAGUUUCAUGGAGAUGGGAUUCUGGCCAAGUAUAAUCCUGAAGAGAAGCCAGAUAUCCUCAAUCAGCAGGAAAUUGACUUUGAGGGUUUCAAGCUCUUCAUGGAGACCUUCCUGGAGAGUGAACUUGCUGAUGAGUUCUGCCAGCAUCUCUUCCUCAGUUUCUGCAACAAAGACCCCAAACCAAGCCCCUCCAUGACAGACAAGCAGAGAAUCAUGGGUCUAAAACUCAUAAAGGGAAGCUCCACUCCGCCAAAGGUAUCAUCCCCAUCCAAAGCUCUCGGUUCAGUCCAGCUGAAGGAUAUGAUCUGCUACCUUUCUCUGCUGGAGGGCGGACGACCAGAAGACAAACUAGAAUUUAUGUUUCGACUUUAUGACACAGAUGGGAACGGGUUUUUAGACAGUAAGGAGCUGGAACACAUUAUCUCUCAGAUGAUGCAUGUUGCGGAGUAUCUGGAGUGGGACGUCACAGAACUAAAGCCGAUUCUGGAGGAGAUGAUGCAGGAGAUCGACUAUGACCGUGACGGGAUGGUUUCUCUUGAAGAGUGGGUCCAGGGUGGUCUGACCACCAUUCCUCUGCUAGUACUUCUGGGACUUGAAACUAAUGUAAAGGAUGACGGGCAACAUGUGUGGAGACUUAAGCACUUCAGUAAACCUGCAUAUUGUAACCUGUGUCUGAAUAUGUUGAUUGGAUUGGGAAAGCAAGGCCUCUGCUGCUCCUUCUGUAAGUACACCGCUCAUGAGCGAUGUGUGGCUCGAGCCCCCCUGUCCUGCAUCAAAACAUACGUCAAAUCUAAGAAAAACACAGAGAUUAUGCAUCAUUUCUGGGUUGAGGGAAACUGUCCAAGCAAGUGCGAUAAGUGUCACAAAACUAUCAAGUGUUACCAGGGUCUUACAGGCCUUCACUGUGUCUGGUGCCAGAUUACUCUACACAACAAGUGCGCUUCACACGUCAAACCCGAAUGCGACUGCGGAUCACUGAGAGAUCACAUACUUCCUCCAAACACAAUAUGCCCUGUUGUACUGGAGAGACAGUCCACUCUGAGAAAAGACUCCAGCCAAUCAGGAGGCCGGGGGAAAAUACAAAGGACCAAUUCAGUAUCAGUGGAUGGACAGGGGCUACAGAUUACACCAUUAGAAGGAACUCAUCCGUUGUUGGUUUUCGUCAACCCUAAAAGUGGAGGCAAACAAGGGGAAAGAAUCUUCCGAAAGUUCCAGUACCUCUUGAACCCCCGUCAAGUCUACAACCUGGCCAAGAACGGCCCCAUGCCUGGCUUAAAUUUGUUUCGAGAUGUUCCAGAUUUCAGAGUCCUGGCCUGUGGUGGAGAUGGUACCGUUGGAUGGAUUCUUGAUGUUAUCGAUAAAGCCAACUUUGAACAGAAUCCCCCUGUGUGUGUACUUCCUCUCGGCACAGGAAAUGACCUCGCAAGGUGUCUGCGCUGGGGUGGAGGCUACGAUGGAGAAAGUCUUUUGCAGAUUCUCAAGGACAUUGAGAACAGUACUGAAGUGAUGCUGGACAGGUGGAAGAUUGACAUCACUCCUGUAGACAAAGAUGAAAGAGGAGAUCCAGUCCCGUAUAGCAUCGUGAACAAUUACUUCUCUAUUGGCGUGGAUGCAUCCAUCGCUCAUCGAUUCCACAUUAUGAGAGAGAAACAUCCAGAAAGGUUUAACAGCAGGACAAAGAAUAAGCUUUGGUACUUUGAGUUUGGAACCUCAGAGACCUUCUCGGCAACUUGCAAGAAGCUGCAUGAUUAUCUUGAGGUGGAGUGUGAUGGUGUCACCCUAAACCUCAGCAACAUCUCAUUGGAGGGCAUUGCCAUCCUGAAUAUUCCCAGCAUGCACGGCGGUUCCAACCUUUGGGGAGAGAGCAAGAAACGAAGGGGUCACCGUCGAACAGGGAAGAAGUCUCCGGAAAAGAAGACCCCAAUUGUUGACCCCAAACAACUCAUUUUUGCUGUCCAAGACCCGUCUGAUCAGCUUUUGGAGGUGGUGGGGCUGGAGGGGGCAAUGGAAAUGGGCCAGAUCUACACAGGUCUGAAAAGCGCAGGCAGACGUCUGGCCCAGUGUUCCUCCAUUAUUAUCAGAACCAGUAAAGCCCUUCCUAUGCAAAUAGAUGGUGAGCCAUGGAUGCAGAGCCCAUGCACUAUUAAAAUCAUGCAUGAGAAUCAGGCCCGUAUGCUGAUGGGUCCUCCUCAUAGCUCUAGCUGCUUCUCCUUCUUUCGUCGUGACCGCAGAGAGAGUAAAGACUGACAACCCACGACACCUGAGAUCAACGCUACACCUGCUGUAGAGUUCACGUGAAUGGUGAAAACCAUUGUGAAGGUUCCUGACAGCUGCAGUUAGGCUACAGAUCUCUAGAUUCCAGCUGAUUCCUUCAGACACCAGUUUGCUUUCUCAGCUAUUUGAUUAAACUGCAAUUAUGCAGUACACGCCAAGCACUGGGAGGAAAAGGCCAAACAUGGGGCAUUUGUUUUUUCUUUUUUUUUUCAAAUGUUUAAAAAUGUAUGUUUUGGAAGUUUUUUGGAGUUGAGUCUUAUAUGUGGAUUCAGAUGGAAUCAUGAACAGGAACUAUUUUAUUUUGGGUAGGUUAUUUAGGAAGUGAUGGAUUUCUUGGUGCCAAAUGUGAGUCAAGACAUGGCCAAAUGAAAAACAAAGUACUUUUUAACUUAAAAUGUGUGACGUGUUAGUCUAGUGGGACAUUUUUCAUAUUCUUUAGCAUGCUGGGUUCAAUCCAGAACUUUAUAAACUUAUUUCAUUUUAAUUUAUUUUAUUUUAUUUUGCAUCUGAAACUGACAGCCAGUCGUUUUUCUAUAGAAAAAGAAAUUUU